AUGGGAACCUCAGGACCGAAGCCUGACGCAAGCAAAGUCCGAUUUAUACCCCUCACAUACAAUCAAGCUGAAUCUCAGACCUCAGCCCUCCGCCUAAUCCUUGCGCUUCGACCAGAGUGGGAGCAUGAUGGAAAGAUUGAAUUUAUUCGCUUCACAGACGGCAUCACGAAUACGUUGUUGAAGGUCGUGAACAAGAGGCCCGGACUAUCAACGGAGGAAAUUGAUAAUGAAGCCGUACUACUGAGAGCUUAUGGUCAGGGUACUGACCUGAUAAUUGAUCGUGAGCGUGAAACCCAAAAUCAUGAAUUACUCAUGCAGUACAACCUUGCGCCAGCACUUCUUGCUCGAUUUCAUAACGGAAUGCUAUAUCGAUUUAUUCGUGGGAAUGUCUCCUCUCCUGCAGAUCUGAGAAGGGAGGAGAUAUGGCGUGCGGUGGCCAGGCGCUUGGCAGAGUGGCAUGCUGUGGUACCUUGUCUGCCAUCGGCUCGUGAACCCUUAUCCCAAGAAAUCAACGGGAGCGCAAAUUUUGACAUGCCUACUCCAACACCUAGCAGGAAGGAUCCAGCUUUACAGAUGGCUAUCGAUAAUGUUGCCCCUGGGAAGCCUGCGCCCAAUGUAUGGACGGUUAUGCAAAAAUGGAUAUAUGCACUUCCUAUCGGAACUGAAGCAGAGAAGAUACGACAAGCAACAUUGCAGAAGGAAUUGACUCGGUUGGUUGCAGAAUUCAGCAAUCGGCCAGGUCUAGGUGUUAACAGCCUUGUUUUUGCCCAUUGCGACUUGUUAAGCGGGAAUGUGAUCAUACAGCCGCGGUCAGCUGAUCCUACCGCGGCUGGCGAGGCUGUCAGCUUCAUCGAUUACGAGUAUGCCACGCCAUCCCCUGCAGCUUUUGAUAUAUCCAACCACUUUGCAGAAUGGGGUGGAUUUGACUGCGAGCACCACCUCCUUCCAACGCAGUCUCAGAGGCUCGACUUCAUCCGAGAAUACAUCCGAAGCUAUUUUGCGCAUUUAGGCCGUGAUAAAUCUGAAGUAGACGAGGAAGCAGAGACGAGACGGUUAUUCGAUGAGGUCGACGUCUUCCGAGGCAUUCCCGGGUUCUAUUGGGGUAUUUGGGCAUUGAUUCAAGCCAAAAUAUCCCAGAUCGACUUUGACUAUGCUUCAUAUGCCGAAGUGAGACUGGGUGAGUAUUGGGCGUGGCGGUCGGAAACUGACGGCAGUCGUGCUGCGUCUGGGAAGGAAAUGCCCCUCAGAGAAAGACGAUGGGCACAAGAGGCAUAG